ACUCGGGGGCAGGAGGGGCGGGAGGGGGAAGGAGGAGGAGAAGGGAGGGGGAGAGGAGGGGAGGGGAGGGCAUUGCUGUGAGAGCCAAAGUAGAGGUAUUUGGGUGUGCAUAGGCCAGAGCUUAAGCGCUCGCUGCGCUCGCGACGCGCGGAGGGGGGAUGGACUCUGGGGGCGGCGCGAAAGAGUGCGUUUUCGGCAAUUGCCGAACGGGAUCAAAGGGCGAAUUGCGGGCGCGGGAGGGCGGGGGGAGGGUCGGCGAGGGUAGGGUAGCUGUGUAGCGUAGUUUUGCUAUCGAACGGUGGUGGUUUCCAGGCGAACGGCGGGGGGUGAGCGUGCAAGUCGAACUUGAACAUGGCGGACAGAGGCAAGACGCGGCGGGCGGGGGCGAGGGUGCGGCUGUCGGGCCGAGAUGCGAUGGGAGAUGCGAUCGGCGGACGAGUUCCCCUCCUGCGUCCUGGCGACGAUCUGCGCAUCCCCGGUUGGUCGCGCAGCUGCGACCCAGGCCCACAAUCCUCGCACCAGAUAUGGAAACGGGCCUCCGCGCAACAUUCACCACCUCAGCCUCGUCGACCCGGCGCUUCACCAUCCUGCUCUCGCCGAUGUUCUCAAGGUCCCGGUCAACCGUGCAGUGAUCGGUACGACCGACUCUCUUACAGUUAUCCUCACGAUACUCAACCGUAUCUGCAGACUGUACGUUAUGACUUCCUACCCGGUGACCUCCGCGACGCUGGGCAUGUCGUACAUGUGCGCCACCGAUUGCGCUCGCUCGGACGGCGGCGGCUUGGAAAUGCCAAUGAGCUGGAAUUUCAAGUCUACGCUACGAGUACAUGACGGUACUACUUGUACACGACGAGGGGAGGGUGGGCUGGCCGAAGGCUUCCCCAUCCGAUACCACCCAGUGUGCGUCGGACGGAGGGCUAUUCCCCCAUCUCACCCGACCGCCCUCCUUUGCUCGCCGUCGCUCGCCUCGCUCCUAGCGCGCCCGGGAGCGCCCUUUGCCCAUGCUCCUUCUCACCUCGCCUCGCCCCUCCUACCCUCGCGUAUCGUCCGCGCACGCGCGCUAAACGCCUCGCCCGAGUUCCUGCCACCUUCGCACUUCGAUUCCGCGCCAGAGAAACCCGACAGCGAGGGCCAUCUCAAUUUCGACACCCCCCUCGCCUCCUCGUACCUCGCCGAUUCCCCUCGUCUCAAGGCGUCGAAAGCUCGCCGACGUCGCGCAGGCCCCGGCAUUGUCGAGACGAGGGGGGAGGGGGAGGGGGUGGUGUUCGAGGACUUGACCGACGACUUGAGCACGGCACCGGCUUGCGCGCCUUUCUUCAGAGGACCUGUCGUUUGGUGGAGUGCCUUGGCGUUGGAAUCGGGCUUCUCCGCGCCGCUGCCGCUUCUAGGCAACUCGGGCUGGGGAGAGGAAUGA